AUGAAGUUCUUAAUUGUAUCUUGUGCCUUCGUUGCGGUUUUAGCUGAACCGCCUCGCUUCAGACCGGCGAGGUUCAGGUUCCAGCGACAGGAACUAGCCCCAACAACCACGGAGUCACCAACGGAAGCAACAACAGAGGCUGAAGGUCCCUAUCCGCCAUCUGGCUGGAAACCUGCAGGCGAGCCUUUCCCUCUUCCUAAACAAACUGAACUGCAGCCGACUUAUGGGCCUCCACAGGGUGGGCCGUACCCUCCGUCUGGAUGGAAGCCGGCAGGUCAGGCAUUUACUUUACCAAACGAACAGCAACCUCCAGCCACUAGUUAUGGAGUCCCGGACAAUACUUAUGGAGCUCCAAGCACAGACGCACCAACCACAGAUAACCCUGAAUCCGAGAGGUUGGACAGCCCAGUAGAAGUACAGAAGAGCGUGGGAUCAUACUACGUUCUUCUGCCAAGCGGUCAGCUGCAGAAGGUGGAGUUCAUGACAGAGAAUGAUAUCCAGAACAUGAAGUAUACGGCGCGGCUUCAGCUGAGGGCGCCAGCCCCACUGUUAGUGUUCGGUCCUUAA